AAAACGUCUCCCAAUCAUCAUGGAAUCCCCAACUUUUGCCGUUCCCUCGCACAAAAUCCACACUUGCCUCUGGUUCGAAAAGGACGCCAUCAAGGCCGCUGAGUUUUAUGUUUCCCUCUUUAAAAACUCUCGCAUAGUGAACAGCAAUGAUACCCUGGUCACAUUCAUUCUCGACGGACAAGAGAUAUCCCUCCUGAAUGGCGGUACUUAUUACACCCUUUCCCCGGCCGCGUCCCUUUUCACUAUUUGCGACGAUCAGGACGAGGUUGACCGCCUGUGGGCCGCAUUGGUGGCGGAUGGUGGAAAGGAGUCGCAGUGUGGUUGGCUCACUGAUAGAUUUGGUGUCUCGUGGCAGAUUGUGCCGAGAUGCUUGUUGGAGUUGAUGGGGGAUUCUGACAAGGCCAAGGCAAAGAGGGUCACUGAUGUGAUGCUCAAGAGCGUUAAGUUUGACAUUGAGGCGUUGAAGAAGGCAUAUGAAGGAAGCGAUUGAAGCCUCGCUUCGCUCCACGAUGACACAUAUUUGGCAUGCGCGUCGCAAGCAAGUCCUGUCCUUCAGUGACCGGUUCGGUUUUGGUUUACCUGUCUAUUGUUUCAGAUCAGCUUUGGUAUUUUUAGCAUGUAGGGAAUGUGUGCUCCGUAAUAGGUUAUCUUUUGUCCAAUAUAUUAUUGUUUUGUGCA